UCAUUAGGCAUUAGCACUAUAGACAAGUUGCUUCCUUAAUGCAAAGUUAAAAAUACCAACCAAUUCAUUCUUCACAAACAAGCCUUCCAACAACCUCUGAAUUUCUUCCUCUCUUUUUUUUUUCCGCGAAAAAAAGAAUGUUAUACAGAGCUAGUAGGUUCUCUGAUAAAAUGAGUACAAGUGUGCCGGUUGAAGUAGGCACAAGGGGAACUAUAGGAUCACUUUUGAAGAAAGAGAUUGAGUAUUUCAGAAAAGUUGAGGUGGAUUGUUGUAAAGGGAGUUCUAAUAAUAAAUCUCAUAAGAGUUCAGUGGAAAUAGAUUCAUGUGGUGGUAAUUCUAAUUGGCCUAGUUUCGGGUUCUUGACGAUGAAAUGGAAAAAGAAGAAGAGAAGAGGUACUGGUGGUGCAUUACCUGCAAUGUGUUCUAUGGUUGAAGUUUCUGAGAGUUGUAAGAUGAAUGAAAUUCCAGGGUUCAGUUAUAGAAAUCUCAAGGUUGAUUCUAAGAGAUUUGAGGAAGAAAUAAUGCUCUCAUAGGAGCUUUCAAUUUUUUGUGUCAAGACUGAAUUCUGUUCUUAUUCUUUAGCCAAAUAUCUUGUGCUUUCUGAUUGCCUUCAAUUGCUUGGAAUUUGAGAGAAUUGUCAAUCAUCUGGACUUCUUGUAAGCAAGAGCAGGUAAUACCUUGCCAGUUAGGCCUGGAAAUUUACAUGUAUAAACCAUAGAUGACGAGUACGUAUAGAAUAUGAUUUAAGUUGCAUCAUUGGACUGUGUUGUUAAUAGGGACUUAGGAGGACUUUGUCUGCAUUACUAGGCCCAAGUAUUUUGAUUUCCUGUCAAAAGUGAGCAAGAUAUGAAACAUAAAACAUGUUUUGUGCAGAUUAAAAGACCGAAAAACUCUACGUUAUCGUCAUUGAAAGAAAUUUGCAGUUUUCCACUUUAUCAAAUAGUGGAACUUGAAUAUAGUUGAGACUUGAGUCAGUUUGUACAUGAGGUGAACAUGUUCAUGUUUAAUGUUUUCGCCUACAGCAAAGAGAA